CAUGGAGGUCGCCAUGGCUGCACUGAGCAGCCUCAUCCCCAAGCUGGGUUCCCUUCUCACCGCGGAGUACAAUCUUCAGAAAGGAGCUAGGGGGGAGAUCAAGUUCCUGAAGCGUGAGAUGGAGAGCAUGCAGGCUACCCUCAAGGACUUAAACAAGCUGCCGGCAGAUCAGAUCAGCCAUACUAACAAGCUUUGGAUGAGGGACUUGGCAGAGCUGUCCUACGACAUAGAGGACAGCGUUGAUGCUUUCAUGGUGCGCGUUAAUUCUCCUGCCGCCCCACAGCUUGAUAGGUUUCAGAAGAUUCAUUGAUAAAAUUGGGAUCAUUGGCAAGGUAAACUUGGUCAGAAAGGCGAAGAUUCGUCACUGUAUCGCCAUGGACAUUGAAGACAUCAAGACCCGCGUGCAAGAAGUCGACGAAAGGAGACGUAGGUACCUUCCAGACGUUACUAUGGUGCCUGACAGAAGGCUCAACAUCGACCCCCGCGUAAUUGCAAUGUUUGAAGAAGCCAGCAGCCUCGUCGGCAUAGAUGGCCCUGCAAAGAAGCUCAUCAACAUGCUAACGCAAGGAGAUAGCAUACAAAAACAGAAGCUAAUGGUUGUGUCAGUUGUUGGAGUUGGUGGCCUGGGUAAAACAACUCUUGCUAAUUCGGUGUACAAGAAACUCGGAGCCCAAUUCCAGCGCCAAGCCUUUGUCCCGGUGUCACUUAAGCCAGACAUGAAGAAUAUUCUAUGCAGCAUACUAAGGCAAAUUAGCCGAGGGAAAUGUAAAGAUGCUGGAGAAAAGGAUCUCAGUGAACUGAUACAGAACAUCAGGGAUUUCCUAAGUGACAAGAGGUAUCUUAUUGUAAUAGAUGACUUAUGGGAUGAGCCAUCAUGGGAUUUUCUCAACACUGCUUUGAUUGACAACCAUCACGGAAGCAGAGUAAUUGUGACAACCCGUAAUCUUGAUGUGGGGAAAAUUUGUACCGGUACUGUUCGUGGUGCUACUGUGCGUGGUGCUGUGUACGAACUAGAACCUCUCUCUGAUAAAGACUCGAGAAGGUUGUUAUAUACAAGGGUAUUUAAGAAAGAAGAAGGAAUUAAUACUAAGUUGAAUGAAGUGGCUGGGAAAAUUUUGAAGAAAUGCGGCGGAUUACCAUUAGCUAUCACUACUAUAGCUGGUUUACUGGCUAGUAGGAAGACAAAGGAAGAAUGGUAUGCUGUAUACAACUCCAUUUGUUCAGGACACGUUAAAACUAAGGAUAAUAUGGAGAAGAUGAGAGACUGA